UUUUAAGUGAUGGUGGUCACUAUAGUUUUUCUCAGUUUAGAAAAAAAUUCCAUGCCACAAAUAGUGAGGAUCUUAGUUUUUUUCAAAAUCACUUUGUUUUGAAAAACGUGAUUCAUUUGGUAAAAAAUUGAAAGCCAACUACCAUUAUAGGGCUACUUAAAGCCAACUACGAUUUUAAGGCCACCUGAAGCUAACUACCAUUGUAAGGCAACUUAAAGCUCAAAAUAAGGCAGCUGAGGGCACCGUUUUAGGGCAACUUAAAGCCAACUACGAUUUUAAGGCCACCUGAAGCUAACUACCAUUGUGAGGCAACUUAAAGCUCAAAAGAAGGCAGCUGAGACAAAAACAGAGUACAUCGGUAACUACCAUUUUAGGGCAACUUAAAGCCAACUACGAUUUUAAAACCACCUGAAGCUAACUACCAUUGUGAGGCAACUUAAAGCUUAAAAUAAGGCAGCUGAGACAAAGACAGGGUACAUCGGUAAAAUCUUGCUCUUUAUUUAUUCUCACUCGAGAAGUCUCCGAAACUCAAAAUUCAACGGAAAAGAAGUAGGAAGAGAGGAGAGAUGGCGAGCAAGAUUCUGGUGAUCGGGGCGACCGGUUACAUAGGAAGAGUGUUCGUCAAGGGAAGCGUCGAGUCCGGCCACGCCACUUCCGCUCUGGUCAGAGAAUCCUCUCUCUCCGAUCCCGUUAAGGCCAAACUCGUCCAGAGUUUCCAAGACCUUGGUGUCACCAUACUCUACGGAAGCGUAAAUGAGAAAGAGAGCUUGGUGAAAGCGAUCAAACAAGUAGAUGUCGUGAUUUCUGCUCUUGGUCGAACUCAGAUUCUAGAUCAGGUCAACAUCAUCGACGCCAUCAAAGAAGCUGGAAAUGUCAAGAGAUUCUUACCUUCGGAAUUUGGAAAUGACGUAGACCGUACGGUGGCCAUCGAGCCGACGUUAUCGGGAUUCAUCAUGAAAGCUCAGAUACGUCGCGCCAUAGAGGCCGCGGAGAUACCUUAUACGUAUGUUGUCUCAGGUGGCUUUGCUGGCUAUUUCGUACCUAGUUUGGGUCAAUGCCACUUGGGACUCAGAACUCCUCCUACAGACAGAGUUUCCAUCUUCGACAGUGGCGAUGCAAAAGCUAUUAUCAACACAGAAGAGGACAUUGUUGCCACUACAAUGAAAGCUGUUGAUGACCCGAAAACACUUAACAAGAUUCUCUACAUCCAUCCACCCAAGAACAUUGUCUCGCAGAACGAUAUGGUCAGUUUGUGGGAGAGAAAGAUCGGUAAGACUCUGGAGAAAAUCUAUGUUUCAGAGGAAGAACUUCUCAAAAGCAUCCAAGAGGCUCAGGAUCCAAUGGAUGUUGUGAUGGGUUUGAUCCAUGCAAUACUAGUGCAAGGUGAGCUUACCUCCUUCACUAUAGACCCUUCUGUUGGAGUGGAAGCUUCCGAGCUUUACCCUGAUGUCAAGUACACCAGUCUCGAUGAGUUUCUCAACCAGUUUGUUUGAGAACAAACAACCUCUUUAUGUUGCAUGUAUGUUUUAAUAAUCUGAGAUCGAUUACAUUCUGUUAUAAUGUAAGUCUCCGUGGAGAGUGUCAUAUAUAUAUGAUGUCCAUCCUUAUCUAUAGGAUUGGAUAUACACAAAUCAGAUACAUGUUUAUC